AUGGCGACCAAACAGCAUCAGGAUGCUCCUACGCCAACCCGGCCCAAGAGCACAAAUGGAAUUAUUAACGGAACCAAAGCAAGUGUUGGUGAUCCACGGGUCGUGGUUAUCAUUUAUGGCCAAGGCCAAGAAAGAAUUGUGGCUGUUUUUGCGGACGUGCUUGGAAAGCCAUAUCGACUGGCUGCAAGAUUCUCUGAAGUUCGUGGUGACGACCAGGGAACGGUUGUGGGGAUAGCUGUUGGCGACGCGAAAGCCGACAUUCUGUCAAGGAAUAGAGUUUUGUUGGUCACCAUCAACGCUCAUUGUGUGGCUUUGGGGAUGCCUCCGGAUGUCGACUUAUCAGCUGCAUCAGACUACGAAUUCCUAUAUACGGAAUCGCCAUUUUUCCGGAGGGACCUCUCUCGAUUUAUUGCUUUUAUUCUGGGCCAAAUCAGCCAUCACGAGGAAUUAAUAACAAAGCCAAGGACAUAUUUCAUCUCCACAACAUUUCCUGAUGUACGAACAGCACUUUCAAAUCUUGACAUCCUCUCUGUUGGUUCAGAUGCCGUCGAAAUACGGGUAGAUCUUCUGAGAGAACCUCUACCUGAUGGAUCAUUCAGCCCAGUACCCAGUUUGAGCUACGUCGGGGAGCAAGUCAUGUUGUUGCGACAACGGACAGAGCUCCCGAUCAUAUUCACGACCAGAUGCACUCGAGAAAAUGGUAAAUUUCCUAUGGAUAAUCCGGAAUUAUUCUACCAGUAUCUUUACCGAGCGAUACAAUGGGGUUGCGAGUAUGUAGAUGUUGAAAUAUGGUUACCGGAGGAAAUUCGACAUCGUCUUUUUGAGCAACGAGGCAGUAGCCGCAUCAUUUCCGCCUUUCACGAUUUUUCGGGAACCUUUAAAUGGGCUUCACCGCAAGCCCAGACCAUAUUUGACGAAUCUAGAAAAUAUGGAGACAUCGUCAAAAUGAUCACAAUCAUCAAUUCCAUGUCCGAAAACUACGAACUCGAGUAUUUUCGCUCCCAGAUCAAGGCCAACAAUCCAGAAGGCCCACCACUCUCAGCAGUUAACAUGGGUCAACUAGGCCAACUUUCGCGCUCCUUGAAUACAGUUUUCUCCCCAAUUACACAUCCUCUGCUGCCUAUCGUCGCUGCUCCAGGUCAGAUGUCUGCAGCAGAAAUCAACGAAGCAUUAAGCACGAUGGGUCAACUUCCAAAAAAGAACAUAUAUGCAAUCGGGUCUUUCCGCUCAAGUCCCCAAGUCACCUUUUUUGAAAAGUGCUUUAAUGAGCUUGGGCUUCCUCAUAAUUUUACCUCUGUGGACCGGUCUGGUGUGAGAGGCUCUAUCGAAUCUUUCUGUCAUCAGCCUGGUUUUGGUGGAGCUUACCUCAGCCCUGCUUUACCGGCAAAUCAACCUUACAUUCCCGUUCUUUCGGAUGCAGCCAGAACCACUGGCACCAUUGACACGGUCGUUGUUCGAGGCGAAGGUGCAUCCGCAUCAUUUAUUGGCGAUAAUGCGACAUGGAAGGGCAUUCGUGCAACCUUGACUCGAGAUUUUGCGCCAUCAGCAUACCAGGAUCGAGCUGCGAUCAUAUUAUCACACUCCCCCGAAGAUGCUGCACCAAUAAUAUUCGCUCUGCGGAGUUUGAAUAUUGGGAAAAUGUAUAGCGCCGGGUUUAAAGCUCCUGGACCUCUUGCGGUUGGUGUUGAGCCGUUCACAUCUAUAGACAGUCUACAAAGAGUCGAUCACCCUUUUGCCAUUAUUUCCGCAUUGCCUUCUGGGAAGUCACACCUGGUACACCCUCUGCUCCGCCACUUUUCUUCCACUAGCAGAAGGUCAACGCCAACCAUCGAGAGAAAGGGUAGCGGAGGUAAAGGAAAAGUCUUCCUUGAUCUUGCAAAUGGACCAAGACAGAGUGAUCCUCUUGCCGUAGCAGAGCAGCAUGGAUGGACAGCUUAUGGUGUAGCUGAUACAAGCGCGUUUACCACAGUUGAAACGCUGAGAUUGCUUAUUGGGCAAAAUGUUCCUUAUAGUUUUGUCAGGUUGGCUAGUGGGAGGGGGCUUUAUUGA